CUGACCAGGGUAAAGAGGAAGUGACCCUCCACCAGCAGCCAGCUGUAGUUUGCCAGGAUGGAGUAGUUGGAAAACAUCAGCACAACCUUACAUGCCACCUGCCGCACGGGAGAGAAGGCACUACGUUAUACAUUCAUUUACCAACGUGAUAUCUCCCAGCACGCCGCUGUCUCCUUGACCGUCCUCUCUCCUUCUGUCCGUUUCUCUCAUGAGGAGCCAGAGCUGACCUUUCGCCAUCAUGGAGGUGGCCGUAUCUGCCCAACAGGUCGAACCCCUCAGGAGGGGGACUCCUCUGCCUCUGAGCCAGCUGGUGGAGGAGAGCAGGAGCAGAGCCAACGUUCCCAAUCAUCUACUGGACUCCAAAAUCUAUGCCAAACUGAAAAGCAACAGCCUGAUCCAAGCAGAGCCCCCAGUGCUUCACUUCAGUGGAUUUGAGCUGGGGAAGGAUUACAUAAAGAUCCUGAAACUAAUCAACAUCUCAUCUGAAGUAAUGAAUAUUCAUAUCAUUCCAACCCAAACCAAGCACUUCCAAACAUCUUAUACCAAAAAGUAUCGACUCAUCCCAGGCCUCGCCUACACGCUGAAGGUCAGGUUCUAUCCCGACGAGUGGCGUUACUUCUACGACUGCGUUCGGGUUCACUGCAAGGGGGAAGAGAACCUGUUAAUUCCAGUUCAUGCUUACCCUGUCAUCGAUGACCUGCACAUCCCUCCUCACAUCGACCUCUCAGCCGUACCACUUGGACAAAGUGUUCGCCAUGCUGUUCCUCUGAGAUGCAGCUGCCCCAUUGACUUUGAGUUUCAGGUGUAUGUUAUUCAGCCACACGAGGCCUUCUCCAUCCAUCCCCUUACAGGUGUGAUACCAGCCAAUGGCGAAGUGAAGAUCGUUGUGACCUUUAGCCCUCUCCAAUAUGGUACGUCUCAAGUCACCAUCCAGCUCAUCAUCUCACAGUUCAACACCAGACCCUACCUCUGUACCAUCACCGGGAGCUCUGCCCCUCACCUAGCCCUCAGUGAGCUGGGAGGAAAGUCGGGUCGUGAAGAUGCAGUGGCUGCAGAACACAAAGGACCUUCACCUGCCACCCAGGUGCCUCCUCGAAGUAAACCCAAAUACAGGCCAACCAAGGAGGCUGACAAAGCAAAGACAUCGAGAGAUCAGGCUGGUGUUAAGAUGAAGCCCGCAGUCGAUGUCUGUACCCCUGCAGGGGUGGCAAAGAUGCUGAUCAAAGACACCAAUAAACUCAGCUCUAAAGACCUGAGGGAAGCCAUAUCCUGUGGCAGUAUGGUCGGUAUGCAAAACAGGCGGAUGAAGGAGGCCCUCUUCAUGAAAAACGUUCAACAAAACGUGAAGGAGGAGCAAGCCAACCACGUCAGAUGGCAAAUUCAUCUUGGUAAGGACCCCGUGUCAGAACACACCAGGAGGCAGGUAGCGGAGGAGAGAGAGAUUGCACUACAUCAAUACAUGGUAAAAAGAGGCGAUGCGAGGCACGAGGAAGACUGUGCUGCCGGACAGCCCAAACUGUCCUCCAGACGACUACUUUGUGAAGCAGGACAGGCCUGUGAGGGAGCCCCAUCCUUCCAGCUUAACUUCAGUUUUCAUUGGGAGCUAAGACAAAGAGCCCUCGCACUGUUCCAGCAGGCAGCACGCAAGGUAGUGAUCCGAUGUCGCAUGAACCGGAGACUGACCUGUUUGAAGAAGCUGUCAGACAGUAUGAAGAACUUGCCCUCGGCAAGGAAAGCUGAAGAGGAGACAACUUGUGAUCUGAAGAUCUCGCCAGACAAGGUCUUUCCAUCUGCUUUCCCAAUAUUCUCAGAUGAAGAUGACCCGCUGACUCGCAGUCAUUUGGUCACAGUGCCUAUGGAUCCCAUUGAUGUGACUGUGACAACACAUAUUCCUUUCUUCAAGCUUCAAGUUCCUCAGCACUAUAAGCUUAUGGGCUACCAGCCUGUGUCAGCCUGGGAGGCAUUUGACUCUUAUAUCCCCACUGCUCUGGCCAGACCGCUUCGCACUGGAGCUCUGGACGAGCUGUUUCCCAGUAAGAUCGGAGCCCAGCCUCCCACAACAGCGGAGCCCAAGGUGUGGGAGGAACAGCAGCGUGAAAAUGAAGAGGAGGAUGGGGAAACAAAGAAGGCUCACAGUCUCACCUUCAGCGCCCCUGAAGCUCUUCUCAGACCUUUUCCAGCAAACCCACUCAGAAUAUUUAACCCAGCUCCAGGCUUGCAGGCUUACAAACCAACCCCUAAAUACCUGGAGAGUGACCUGGAGUUCUACCUCUGCCCUCUGCCCAGGUAUACAAUCCCUGGGGGCAACGUAAGCACAGACACUCAGAGGACGUUUCUGGACCGCAAGGAGUUGAUCCCAGGGUUCAUGACAUGGAAGAAUUUUGAUUCGAUUGCCUCCAAGUGUCUGUUCAACCAGCCCGCUCUCACCAGCAACUGUGCCCUGCGCAGGUCUGUCGACUACAGCACAGAUAUACUUCCACUCGUUGCACCUCCUCCUCUCACUGGUCCUCCUGAUGAUCUGCCACCACUAAUGGACAAAGCGUGUGAAGGCUCAGGAGUCCAACUAACACCAGACAUGAUAAGAGCACAGUUUUUGUCAGGGGAAUCUCUGGUCUCCAAUAGCAACCUCACCACAGGAACAACAGUCCGGCACCAGAGGGAGCUUCAGAUUGAGGCGACCUACAGGUCUGAGUUCAACCAGAUGGGAGAAAGAGUGAUGGCCAAGCUAAAGCAACUUGAAGUCACCGACAGAACUCCUCAUUUAUCAGCAGAGGAUUGUGAAUAGGCAAAACAUCCCCCCCCACACACACACACACUUCCAGAAACACACAAAAACCUCCAAAUUGGCUUUGUGCACACACUCGCACACGAAUAAACACAAGCACAGGACUUCAAAUAAGCAUUAUAACCAUCCUACUCACCGAUUCGAGACUCUACAUUGUCUGCCCUGCCACUACUGUAAAAUAAAACCUGGUUACUUUCUCGCCCACCGGUAAGCCUCCCUCCCACCCACUCAAAAUUACCAGCAAGCUCUCCUCCUGUGCACUUUCAAAGCCUUGAAAUUCGUUAUCCCUCCACCCACUCGGAUCCAUAUAUAAGCAGAGCUACAGUAUAUUCUAACAAGCUAGAACACAUUACUGCAAACCGCAUUCAGUCAAAUAUGAUAAUUCUGCAUUUUUCUGCUGUAGUUUACUGUGUUGUAGAAGCGGGAAUGUGAUGUCAGUGAGCAACUCGCGCUUAUUUCUAUUAAACUCUAUUAUGCUGCAAAUGAUGGUGUCAUACUUGGUUAAA